AUGUAGAGAUGAAGAAAUAAAAGAUACCUUCUCAUCCACACCCUCUCUCUCUCUCUUUCUCUCUCUCUCUCUACUGUUUUCAUAUGUAUGGCUUCUUUCGAAUCUUGUUGUUCUCAGCAACAGUCGAUGUUUUUAUUGUAAAAGCUUUUGGAUUUUUGGAGCUCUACCAAUUUCAUAGGUUUGGGAAUUGAAGAAAAAGAAGAAGAAGAGAGGCAUGAUGAAUUUGGAGUGAAGAAAGCUUUUUGAUUGACCUUUGUGUAAUAGGUUUCAUCACUUUUUGUGAAACUUCUUUUUCCCAAUUUAGGGUUUUCUUUAAUCUCCAAAUAAUAUUUGAUCAUUGCCACUUUAGAAAUCAUUGAAAAAGAAAAGCUGAAUUUUCUUGACUCUUUAAAAGGUAGAGGUAGUAGUAGUAGGCCUUUUAGAUUCACAUACACCACAAAAAUUUUUAAAAAAAAUUAUUUAGGAAGGGAAAAAAAAUGUUACAAGGCAAUGAUUCUAUGUCGAAUUUAACUUCGGCGAUAUCGAAUGAAGCAAGCAUCAAUUCGAGCUCAAAUGGUAAUGAAAUGGUUGGAGGUACAAUCCCACAGCAGCAUAUGUACAACCCCUCACAGCCUCCUCCCAACAAGAGGAGAAGAAACCUACCUGGCAAUCCAGAUCCGGACGCGGAGGUGGUGGCGCUGUCGCCACACGCGCUGAUGGCGACGAACCGGUUCGUGUGCGAGAUCUGCAACAAGGGCUUCCAGCGGGAGCAGAACCUGCAGCUGCACCGGCGGGGCCACAACCUGCCUUGGAAGCUCAAGCAGAGGAGCAGUAAAGAUGUGGUGAGGAAAAAGGUGUAUGUCUGCCCCGAGCCGAGCUGCGUCCAUCAUGACGCGGCUCGGGCCCUGGGGGACUUGACUGGGAUAAAGAAGCAUUUCUUUAGGAAGCACGGCGAGAAGAAGUGGAAGUGCGAGAAAUGCUCGAAGCGGUACGCUGUCCAGUCCGAUUGGAAGGCCCAUUCCAAGAUAUGCGGCACCCGUGAGUACCGAUGCGACUGCGGUACCCUCUUUUCCAGGCGCGACAGUUUCAUCACGCACAGAGCCUUCUGCGACGCCUUAGCCGAAGAGAGCUCCAGAGCCAUCCCCCAAACAGGCCCUAACCAUCAUAACCCCCAAAUCCACCCCUUCCAAAACCCUAAUUUCCCCCAACUCAAGCAAGAAACCCUAAAUUUCACCCUCCCUCCGUGGCUCUCCGUCCCGGAAAACCCCUUCCCCGAGACCCCCAGCCUCGCCUUCUCAGCCGCAGCGCCGUCGCUGAUGUCAGCGACGGCCCUGCUCCAGAAGGCGGCGCAGAUGGGGGUUGCAAUGAGGGGGAAAAUGCCCUACUUGGGGCCGGACCACGAGGACCAGACUAAUAUCCUCGCGGCCCGGCCCCAUCAUCAGAUGGGCGGCGGACAGGGCUUCAGUGCGGCCUCGUCCGCGGCCCUGGCGCCUCGGGACGAGUUUGCGGCCGCGUACGAGAAUAUGGCGAUGGCGGCCGCCUCGACGAGCGGGUUCCAAGGGUUUGAGGAUAGUUUCAAUGGGAUGUUCAAUGGGAAGAGGAAUUUGGAGAGCUUUCAACAAGGCAGUGGCGGACGAGGCGGCGAAGACGGGAUGACGAGGGAUUUUUUAGGGUUGAGGGCGUUCCCGCAUAGGGAUUUUAGCAAUAUGGCUGGGCUUGAUCAAAUGGGGAGUUCGACGACGUCGUUUGAUCAUCAAAAUCAAGGGCCAUGGCAAAGUUGAACAAUGGUUUGGAUUUUGUACUAUUGUUUUCGUGUGUCCCUAUUUAGGGAGGGAUUUUGGUUGGUUUAGUUUUGAUGUUUUUGUUGUGUUAAUUUGUUUGAAUUUUGGAAAUAACUCUAAGAAGAGAUAGUUAAA